AUGGGUGGUGUAAAAUCUAAACCACAAGUAACCAUUAAGCUCUUAGAAAAACCAAAAGAUACUGAAUAUCAUGCAUAUCCCGAAAGUAGGCUCAUUACUGUUACAAGAUCUUUCUAUCCUGCUGGGUCUACACAGGAUUUCUACAGGUACACUCAUGGGUGGGAUGGAACAAAAUACAGACUUGCAGAGAUCCAAGAUGAUAGUAGUGGUAAAAUUAAUGUUACCAGUCAACUUAAAGGUGUUUCUGAUGUAACCUCAGUUUCCGCCUAUUACUGGGCUAGUGAUACUAGUAAGGCACUCAUAGUAGGAAUUACAAAAAAGAGUGGUGGUAAUAACACUACUUACUAUACCAAGAAUGUUGGUGGUCAUCCCCCCUGGCAUACACUUUUUGGAACCUCUUAUUCUGAACCUCUAGAUGACGAAUCCCUGGAGCAGACACUUGAUGAGCUUAACUGUUAUUUCAAUAAUGGUAUCACCAUUGACUUAUCAUAUAGUAAAUCUAAAUCAGGAGGAAACUACUGCUGUCACAAACAUGAAAAUAAAAAGAAUAAAAAGGGUGGGAGGAUUUCUGUUGAAGAAAAGACAGUUUGUUGUCAAACACAUUCUGGCUCUGCUACAUUCUUCAAGCAUGAAUUUACCUCUGGUCAUGGAGUUCAGCUAGCAGCUAUUAAGUACAAUGAUACUGGUAGAAGAAGGAGAAUAAAUAUUGACGGCCUUGGGUUACCUAUCAAACAGUCAGGAAAAGUCUCUGUAUUUUACUCUGAUAGUAAGGAUCCAGUUCUCAUUUAUGUAGAGUCGACUGGUAGACAAGAUGUUACCGGUUGGUACAAGAAAGAUCUUUCUAAGGGUGACGACAAACUCUGGACAAGAGUAGAUGCUCCCAUAGACAUAACACCGGACAAGUUAGCUAGUCCUAUAGACUGCAAUAGUGAAGGCUUUAAAAAACUUAUAGGAGUACUAAAACAACUUAAAUGUGAAGGCUUGCAACAAUGUACUAUGGAUCCAGAACAUCUUGGACAGGAUGGAGUUCAACGUGAGGAAGUUCAAAAAACUGCUGAACAACAAACACAACAAGAGGAACAAGAGAGAGACCGGCCUCAACAGCAACAAACUGGUUCUAAACCCUUUUCUGGACCCUCUGCAGGAGCUAAGGCAGGAAUAUCCAUUGCAAGUGUCGGUGGAGUAGGGAUUGCUGCUGUUACUAUCUGGAAAUGGCCUAAAAUGAUGUCAUUUCUAAUCGCUCGCAUGUAA